UUGAUGUGUUUUGGUUGCACUUUGACAAAGCAGAGCUGACAAUGAUGGCUUCCUCUGUGAUGAUGCUGGUGCCGCUGCUCUUGGCUGGGCACGUCCUGGCUAAGUCCUGCACCCUGUCGGACGCCUCCACAGAGACUUUCAACGUCACCACAGCCCACAAGACGUGGUACCAGCAAUACCGUUACCACUCGAAAGAGGUGAACCGCCUGGGCUGCCUCAUCCUCACACAGGACCCUGGCGAGGCUGCUAACCAGAUGACGCUCAGUGGCGCCUUCAGCAGGGACCCGUCAGCUGCUGUCACGGCCGAUGUCACUAUCGAGGGAAACCGCCUUCACAGUACCUACUACGGAAAGUACGGUGAAUUAUUGACCGCUGAACGUAACCUCGUGUAUGGAAGCGCAGACAUUUUCAUUGAACACUUCUGCAUGGAAACUGGAGAUGAGAUGACAUUCAUCUUUACUACCGCCAAGAAGCCGAGUAAACAGCUGGUCAACCAGAUAUGGAAAGAGGUCGACGCUCGCCCUGAAAUCGAUAGAUCUAAAUUCGAGAAAGUUAAAUGUUAAAGACACACGUCUCUCAAAGUAAAUAAAUGAAAUGUUGUUCAAGAAA